AUGGGCGACAGCAUCACACGCACCAACUACGCCCUCCUUCUCUUCUACGUGAGGGAGAAGUACUGGCACCAUGCCGAGGAGGUCUGCCUCGCCACAAUCCAGGCCACGGAUGACCACAUGUUCCGCGUGUGGCGUGCGCUGACGUUGGACCAGCAGGGCAUGGCGAACGAUGCACUGCGCGAGUACAAGAAUGCCGAGUCGCGCCGCUUUACCGCCGUGCCGGCGCUCAUGGGCAUGCAGUUGAUUUACAAGCGCAACCGCGACCAGGAGGGCGUCGCGCAGACGGAGGCGAAGCUGGACAAGUAUGAGGUGAUGGAGAACAUGGGUGGUUGGGUGCAGGCGGCGGCGUUGUGCUGGGCGGCCGGCGACAUCAAUGCGGCACGGGAUCUGCUGCUGAAGUUCACGGACGUGGAAGCAGCGAUGGCGUACCGCGAUGAGUACACGAACUACGGCACGACUCGUGCGUGGAUCGACCUCCUCUCGGGGCGGGGGGCACUGCUUGAAAAGGCCGGCACGACGUUCCAGAAGAUGCUCGAGGCCGAGGAGGCGGAGCACGCCUUCUUCGACGCGGGGCACAGCGCAGCUGGCGACGCGCUCGGCGAGCAGGGAGGCAGCAGCGGCGGCGGUGGCGGUGGCGGUGGCGGGCGGGAUAGCAGUACGCCUGCAAGUCCGAGCGGGUCCCUGAAGUGGACGGACCUAAACGCCGCUCUCGGCUACGUCGCGUACUUGGAGCGCAAGAUGCAGCUGACGAAGGCGCAGAGCAUGCUUGACCGCCUCGUCGUCCUCUACCCAAAUUGCAGCGUGCCGCCGCUGGUGGGGAAGGCGCGGCUGCUCAUGCAGGCGGAGGACUGGGAGCAGGCGAUCGACGUCACGCGUCGCAUUCUGUCGCGUGAUAAGGACAACGUGGAGAUGCUGACCUUGGAGGCUCUUUACGCGCUGGUGAAGGACACCCGUUAUGAGGCUGCCACGCUGCGGCUGCGGCGGCUGCUGGAGGCGGUGAGGGCCAAAGAACCCCGCAACGCCGCGCUGCAGCACCAAUUCGCCCUCGUCUUCUCUCGCCUCGCCGGGGAUCGGCUGGACUUGCUGAACAUCACGACGCAGUUCUCGGAGCUGGCGUGCAGCCUGGAGAGCCGCAACGGCGACGCGCUGUGCGGGUUGGGCUACCAGCAGCUUUACAAGCACGACUACAAGGCGGCCGCUGCGACGUUCCGCAAGGCCUCGACCCUCACCGACAGCCUAGCCCCGCUGCUGGGGGCGGUGGUGUGUCUCAUGCAGCAAGGCGACUUCGAGGAGGCGAGCAAGCAGCUGGCCUUUUGCAACGAGCUGCAGCCGGCGAAUCAGCGCAAUGCGGAGCUGAGUCUGCUGAACGCGCAGCUGCGCUGGCGGCGUCGUGGGAUGGAAGAGACGGCGGCGGUGUUGCGGCUGCUGGACCAGGCAGCAGAGGCGAUCAAGCACGACGUGGGCUCCCACGCGGGUUCUGGCAUGGAGGAGUACGUCUACCUGAACGCCCCCGUGUCGCUGGCCGUUGCCCACGAGUAUCUCCUGCACUGUCGCAACGAACCGCCGGACCCGAUGUUCCGCACCACCGACGUGGUCGGCGAGAAGUGCGCGCGGCACCUGGAGUUUCUUGUGCAGCACCUGCCUGCCUGCAUGGAGGCGCAGCUGAUGCUGGCGAAGGUGUGCUUCGUCACGGGUGACGUGCGCCGGUCGCAGCAGCUGCUGAAGACGACACUGAUUGUGCAGGAGCAGCCCUUGCCGGAGGCGUUCCUGCUCUCCAGUCAGAUCUGUCAGUACACAGGGGACGUGAAGCUGGCCAGCCGUGCGCUGGAGCAGGCCCUCACCCUCGACUUCACGCUGCAGGAGCAGCCCCUCUACAACCUCCUCCUCGGCACCGUGCAGGGCACGACGGGGAAGUCGGCGGAGUCGCUCGAGUCGCUCAAGCGUGCCUUCGACACGGUGAAGAGCGGCACGUCGACGGCCUCCUCCGGAAAGCCUAUCCAACCCCUGAGUGUGCCAGAGAGGGUGACGCUGUACCUGCAGCUGGCCCAGGCGUACCUGCGCGCUCGCGACGUCGACGCGGCCCGCACGACGCUCGCCGAAGCCGCCGUGCAGUUCCGCGACUCCACCCAGGCCGGUCGAGUCGCCAUUGCCCAAGCGAUGCUCGCUGCCCGCACCGACGUGGACAAGAGUAUCGAGCUGCUGCGCCAGGUGCCCAGCACGAGCGAGUACUACAUCUCCGCCCACUCGCAGCUGGGCAAGCUCUUUCUCACGCAGAAGCACAAUGUAUCCCUCUACAUCCAAAGCUUUCAGGAGAUGGCCGAGGCGGUGCCGUCGGCGCAGAGCUACGUGGAGCUGGGGGAGGCGUACAACACGAUUCAGGAGCCGGAGCAGGCGAUCGCUGCCUAUGAGAAGGCGAAGGCCCUGUCGCCGGCCAGCAGCGAGCUGUCCGUGCGGGUCGGUCGUGCGCUGGUCGCCUCCCACGACUACGCCAAGGCUAUUCGGUACUACCAGGAAGCGCUGAGCGCCGAUCCGCACCUUUCCACGGUGCGGGCCGACCUCGCGACCCUCAUGUGGCGCCUGGGCCGCGUGGACGAUGCACGGGAGGUCAUCACGCAGUCUCCGGUGUACGAGCAGCCUGCUGCUGCUGCUGCUGCUGCCGCUCCCACUGCCGCUCCCACUGCGAUCGACACAGCUGCGGGGACGGCGGGUGUGGGCCCGACCGAAGAAAGCGUCGCGACGGCGAUUGAGCGGGUGAACUUGUACCUUUUGCUGUACAAGGUGCUGCGAGAUCAGCACUGGAUGCUGCCCAUGAACUCAACUCGGCCGAACGGCGGCGGCGGCGACAAGAAUAACAAUGCCAGCACCGGCAUUAAAGACAAACAGGACGCGAGUGAUGACGGCGAUGACGCGGGAAAGGCGGGGGAUGUCGCCUUGGCAGCCCUCCUCACCGCGCGCGACCUGCAGAAGAACCUUCUCGAGCAUCAACUCCGCGGUGAGACGGUCGAGGUGGUGGCAGAGCAGCGGGUAGUGAUGGCGUCUAUCUGCACGGAGCUCGGCACGCGGUGCAUCCACAAUCGGCCCACCCCGCCGCCGGCGGCGCUGCUCAUGAGCGACAAGAAGGUGGAGGCGGCCGCCGCGGUGGCCCUGCAGUCGGCCCUGGCGGUGCGCCUGACACAGGGCAAGGAUUUCCUGCAGGAGGCGAUCACCUACGAUGAGUCGAACGAGCGGGCACAACUUCAGUCGGCGCUGCUGUGCCGCCGCAUCGGCGACGUCGACGGCUGUGAGCGGCACUGCACGACGCUGCUGCGCAUGGCGGGCGGCAGCGCCAGCGCCGAGGAGGCAGCGACGCUCCUGGCGAACCUGUACACCCAGCAAGGCCGCAUGGAGGACGCGAUUAGCCUGUUUGAGAACCUGCUCAACAGCACCCCGCAGCACUACGAGGCGUUGGUGGACUUCAUUGUGCUUUUGCACCACGCCGGACGCGUGGAGAAUGCAAAGUCGGCCCUGGACAAGGCAGCCGCGGCCAUUCCGCAGGGCCAGCGCGCCGAUCCCGGGCUGAGCUACGCCCGCGGCUUGUACGAACACCUACGGAGCAACAACGCCGAAGCGCUGCGUCACUUCAACCUCGCACGUCUGCCGGCGGACAACCCGUGGUGCGAGCGGGCGCUGGUGCGCAUGAUUUGGAUCUACCUGGUCCCCACGACACAAGACUUAUGGGUGCGCGACAGCGGAAGUAAGGCCGCUAACCUGCGCCACAACGGCCCCACACAGUUGAACGGCAAAGAGAAAGGCUCGACGGCGAACCCCGCCACUCCAUCUACACCCGCCGGUGGUGGUGGUGGUGGUGGUGGGGAACUGCACGACAACAUCCGCUACGCGGAGCAGCUCUUGUUGCUGCUGCCGGUGCAGAGCGAUCAGCGUCGGGUGCUGCAGGCGUACUGCACCAUGGCCACGCAGCGUCCGGAGGAGCUGCAGACCUCGAUGCAUCUUUUUCUGGAGUGCAUCGUGGCAGCGGAGACGGGCGCCGACACGGUUGAGCGCCGCGACGGCGGUGGUGGUGGUGGUGCGUCAUCGCAGAGCAACGCAGUCGGAAAGCCAAAGUCGAAGAAGGGAACGAGGGACGACGACGAGGACGACGAGGACCUCCAGCUGCUGGCACAGAUGCACUCAGCGGCGGCGAGCAUGGCGCACCGCAGCAACACAAACACCACCGCGACGCUGGCCUUCGCCCUGCAGAGCAAAACGGUGGAGCCGACGGCGUUCUUGGGUCUGGCGAUCAACCUGUUCGUAUCCAACCAGGAGACGGCAGCACGCAACGUGCUCGGACGUGUACUGGAGGAGGCGAAGGUCCCGCUGACCCCGCCGACCGUGCCGGACAAACCAGCCGUGGCGCCGGCGCCUGCCAACGGCAAAACAGCCGCCAACAAAGCUCCCAGUGACACACCCCCUGCAGCUGCCACACCCCCGCCCGUCACGGCGCCCGCCGCGCUGCUGACGUGCUCAGAGGACGACUCGCUCGAGCGGGCGAUGCUGCUGCACGCGUAUAUGGACGCCCAAUCCAACCAGCUGGGGAGCGCGCGUUUUAUGCUCCUGCAGGUGCUGGCGGCGAACAAGGGCUGCGGUGCCGCCUGGGAUGCGCUGGGCAUGUUGUACGAGCGCCAGCAGAAGCACAAGGACGCGUCGGAGUGCUACCAGAAGGCGUGGGUGCUCCUGCAGGAGGCGGAUCCCGCGGUGGGGUACAAGCUUGGCUUCAACUACCUCCGCGGCAAUGAGCCGGUGAAGGCGAUUGAUGUGUGCAAGCAGGUGCUGGCGCAUCACGCCACCUACCCGCGUAUAGAGGAAGAUGUGAUGGAUGUUGCGUAUUCCAUGCUUCGGCCCUAG